UAUUCCGUGCGGAUACGUGGCAUGCGAAACCGAACCCAUCAGUCGCCUUCUUGUGAACACAAAGUGAAAAUAUUGCCUGUUGACGCUCACAGUAUCGCUGAAGGAAUGGAAAGAAAAAGAUGUGACUACCUAGCGAGCUGAAAGAAACUUGUACUCGAUCAAGCGGUUGUGACGUUCAUUCGUCACGCAGUGAACGCUUUCUUCUUCAAGCUGUGGUCUUUUAAUGUGGCUGUGUGUGCGAAGACGAAGGUCAUUUUUGUCGAGAUGCACUGUUUCGUUUGGUGUAAAGACUUAUGUUAUUUUCAGUAUUUUCAUUAUGUAUCACCUGCUUCGUGAACAAACUUCGAAUUCACCUGGCGUUUUUCGGAAGAAUGUUCAACCACUGGCCGGAUUACUUCCACUCAAACGGCUUAAUAGAAACGUCGUUAAAGAAUUAUCAAAGACGGAAUCUAACAAGGUAAAGAGUGUCACUUUAAAGAACAUUUCGCGGGAUAUUAAAUCGAGUGUUCCGUCAAUUACUAAUUCUGGAUCUAAACAACAUCUCAAGUUCCUUUUUGUUUUACAUCAUUACGAACAACUAACAAAGACUACAGAAAAUUUGCUACAACUGGCUGCAGUGGCGAAGCAAACUGGUCGUGUGAUCGUAGAGCCUUUUGUGCGCGAUUCUAGAAUGUGUGGAUUGCCUCACGGCUGGUAUGGUCAGAGACGGUCGGAGACCAGAAAAUUUCAUCCAAUGUCGCUGUAUUUUAAUGUAACAUUUAUCAACAAUUUGCUCAAAAUAUCUCGCUACGCCCCGAUGGUUAAACUAGAGACUUUCAAACGGGAAUGUCGCUCAAGCGUUGCAAACACAACUUUGCUGCAUUUUAUGUACAGUGAUCGAACGAAAGAAGAAAUGGAACGUUGGUACAGAAUAUCCUCAGAUAUUUAUCACAAGACCGAAAAUGCUUUGAAAAAAUCCGGCUGGUGUGACUGCGCUUUCAUAGAUAAUGGUCUUAAUUUUUCUAACAGAAUCGGUAACUUUCAAGCGGGAAGGCAGAUUUGCGUAGACGCCGAAAGAAUAAAAAGUCUUCAGUUAUUCAAAAGUAAAAUCCUCAAAGGUGACAAAUGCAUUGCUAUUAUUCACUGGCGAGGGUUAGGUAAACACAGAUGCCACUUCACACCGGAAGUAAAUAUUGAAAGCCGGAAGUUGGUUUACUCCCUGCGAUCGAGUGAAUUUGUCAAUUCACUAGCGAAAAAAAUCAUCGACUCGAUAAACGAGGAGUAUCUUUCGAUCCACAUCCGAGCUGAACGGCAAAUUCUUUGGUAUGGAUUCGAUCGACUGGCACGGUGUAUCAAAGUGCUGAUGGAAAAAGUUGUAAAGCUUCAGCAAAAGUAUAAAAUCAAGAGAGUUUUUUUGUCAUCAGAUUUGACACGUUUUGGCUCGGACACAUUGCAUACAUUCACAUCACAGAAUAUUUCAUUCGCCAAGAAAAUAAAAGAAAUACAGAGAUAUUUGUCCAAAACUUUAAAACCCAUAAUACACAAUCCAAGAUCUGGAGAUACAUUAAUGAUGGACAGUGGGGUCGUUGCACUGACAGAGAAGAAUAUUCUUAAAGAGGGAUCACACUUACUGACGAUUGGCUCUGGGACUUUUCAACAAUGGAUUGUUGAUGGAUUUAUUGAAAGGAAAACAAAUGCUGAAAAGCAGAAGAAUUGGACAGUCACAAGAAUUUGUAACAAAGAGGGCAAGGUUAAUAAUUACAAACCCAGCUAACAGAGGUAUAACUUAUAGCGAAUGUGGUUGAGAAGAAAAAAAACCAUAGAGGUCUCAUACUCAUAACCAUGCAAAAAUCCCUCAUCAUUCCACAUCCAGAAUAUGACCAAAAUGGAAUUUCUCCUUCAGUAACAAGAUUUUCAAGCAGUAAGGUGAUAGAAGAAAGAAAAUAUCACCUAGGGGAUACUAUUUAAUACCACAUUUUCAAAGCUAGAAUUAAAAGGAGAUGCACUGCAGACAGUACAGAUAAUUUAUAGGUAGAUCUUAAGAGUCAAAGAGUAAACAUUUCACAAUUUUUUCAGGAGCCUUUACAUCCUUGUAAGGUGUGGCACAAUGCUUGCCAUAUGGUAUUUAAUAGAAGAAAACCACUAACAAGUUAAUUCAGCUCACUUCUUCCCUGGAAUUAAGAAUGCUUUUCAACUUGAAGAGCAUACAAGUUUCACAGUCUUGCUGUUUCCCUGUCAUCUGAUGAAAGAUGUAGAAAAUCAGCUCAGAGAGCAUUUUUUCAAUUUUGUGCAUAAAAUAUCAUAGGAGGGACAAUCUUCAUGCAGAAAAUCUGAGUCAUAUUUGAACCAGCUUUCACCCCCAGGAGAAACUUAAAAGAUCAGUUUCUCUAUACUAUAUCAAUAACACAAUAGGAAAUAUAUAGAAGACAGUGUAAACAACAAUUAUUAUUCAGAUCUUGAGACUGAAAUGGUAAACUACCCAGGGAACAAAUCAAAAUUGUGGGUAAGUAGCUAGAGAUUGUGACUAGUUAAUUAUAAAGGAUAAAGAAAAGCUAUUCCAAGUUAGAGGGAUGUGGUGCUUCUUCAUUUAGUAGUCUAUUUUCACUUUGGAGCAAAUUUGUGAAAGGUAUUCUGGAGGCAAAAGAUAGAAACACCCUAUCAAACUUAAUUCAAAAUUUUAUUUGUCAAAUUAAAUAUAAGAUUGCAAAAAGGAAAAAUAAAGAGAACUGAAAUGAG